AUGCCGACAGGUCCGUCGCACGGCGGCGGUGGUGGUGGCGGUCGCGGCCGACGCGGACCCCAGCACUACCACCAGCACUACCAUCAGCACCAGCCAAUGCAUUAUUACCACAAUCCCAUCCCUCCUUAUCAGGCCCCGUACUACCCGCCGAUGCAUCACCAUGCCCAAUACCAGAAUGGCGCUAUGCAGUCUCACGGGUAUAUGCCGUAUCAGGCGGCACCACCCUACGGCCGCUCGCCUCCUCCAAUGCAUCAGUAUGUGCCCAUGAUGGGCGUCAGUGUCCAACAGAACUACUCCUCAAGACAGUCGCAAAACUCGCCCGUCCUCUCGACGCCAUAUCAACCGCCCCCGAUUCCCGCCCCGAUCCCUUCCCAUACUCCCUCCUCGACCCACUCUCCCCAUCUCAGCCAACCCCCUGAACAAGAACCAGAGCAUCAUACACCCGUUGUCGAAGAGAGGCCGCCAUUCCGUGCUCCCAUCCCGUGGCUCAGUCGGCCAGACGAGCCCUUUCCUAAGAGAACGUUGAAGAAGUCUCGGAGAAAACAGAUGCAGCCUUUGGCCGGUGGAAGCAGUGUUGAGCUGCCCGUCGAGCAGCAUGAAGGCGCUGCCAACGAGGCUGCGAGAGUUACAGCUGCAGACCUCGCCAAGUCGCAGGAGGCUGAAGCUGCCCAAGUAGCCAAGGACACCGCGGCGACGAAACCAGAACCGGUAAUUUCCCAGGAUCACCCGACCGACGCGGAGUCUACGAUCCCAUCUACACCCGCCUCCACACAGGCCGCCGCCACUGCCUCUCCUCAAUCCGCAAAGUCAGCCACUCGACCUGCGGUCCCUGUUGUUCCUGUGCUCCCUAAAGUCGGGCCAAAGGAGACCAAGGCUUCAACGAGUGGCCCCAAGUCAUGGGCUAGUCUUCUCUCCGGUUCCGCAUCGGCAAUGAAGUCAUCUGGGGCUGCUGCCGCCGCCGCUGCCUCUGCUGCCUCGGCAGGCGCCGCAGCUGGUAUGGCCGCGUUCCAAAACGGAGGCUUCAGUGGGCUUUCGAGGGCGGGUUCCGAGUCCCUAGCGGAGGCCCUCCGCGCGUAUCGUGUCGGGGCCUCCUCCUCCGUUACCCAGAUAGAGCCAAGAGGCCUAACCAACGGAGGAAACAUGUGUUAUAUGAAUUCUGUUUUGCAAGUCCUUCUUUUCUGUACACCAUUCUACGACUUCCUCGAUCAGGUCAGCAAAAAUGCUGUCCAUAGCUUCAAGAGUGAAACUCCUUUAAUAGAUGCCAUGAUUGUGUUUAUGCGCGAAUUCCGCGUCAUCGCCUCUGCUUCCGCGGAUCAGCUGCAGGAAGCUAUCAAGGGCAAGGACAGGACCUACGGAGAUCCUCUCACGCCCAAUUUCUUGUAUGAUGAGAUGAAGAGAUCCAAAUGGUUUGCUACUCUUGAGCAAGGACAUCAACAGGAUGCCGAAGAGUUCCUUGGUUGGCUUCUCCAAGCGCUAGACGACGAAUGCUCCAAGGUCAUGGGAGUUGGCACGCCAGCCAAGGCCCCGAGCACUAGCGGUGACUCGGCCACGGAGCAGGACGAUGCGGUCUGGCUUGAAGUGGGCCCUCGUCAGAGAUCGGUCAUCACCCGCUCCUCGGGGUCUGCCUCGUCCUCGCCGAUUAGCAAGAUUUUUGGUGGAUUGUUGCGAUCAGAGCUGCGCGUUCCCGGACUCAAGCCCUCCAUCACCACGGAACCCUAUCAGCCCCUGCAGCUUGAUAUUGGCUCCCCGCAUGUGCACACGAUUACCGAUGCGCUCAAGGGCUUGACUUCCCAGGAGAAGCUACAGGGCGACUUCAACUCUCUACGAGGCAAGAACGUGGAGGCUUAUAAGCAGGUCCUCAUCGACGAGCUUCCGCCUGUUCUCAUUCUUCACCUCAAGAGGUUCCAGUUUGACGCCGCUGGGGGCACUCUCAAGAUUGCCAAAAGCGUGGGCCAUUACACGGCAGAUGUGCGGCGUCAAGACGGCUCGCAGUGGAUACGGAUCGAUGAUACCAAGAUUGAACCCGUCCGUGCCGAGGACGUGGCGCGAGGCGGAACCGAGGAGGAGGUGGCCAAGGAGACACGCAGGGACGGCAACGUCAACGGCGGUGCCGGUAAUAGGUUUGGCGCCAUGAAUGAUGAGGACACUGGCGACGAUGAGGGUUGGAAGCAGGUUCCGUCGGGAGCCAAUGGGGGACCGAAGCGAUGGAGCAACGUUGUCAAUGGAGGAGGCAAGGCAACGGCCAAGACCAAGUCUGGGCAAGACGGCAACAACGACAAGUCUGUUGCGUACAUCCUUUUCUACCAGCGUAUCUAA